AUGUCAAAACUGAUAAGAAAUGGAUUCAUGAUAGUAGUUUUGGGUGGAGCAACGGCUUCGGCCGAAGACGGGUGCCUCAAAUCAAUUGAAAUAAGCCGAAAUGGCCAAGCUUUCGAACCUCAGAAGUUCUCGCUCCAUGAAAAGCGACGAUCUCCAGCUGUAUUCUAUCGUGACUCAAAGAUAAUUGUAGCUGGAGGGUGUAAAAACAAAGGAGAACAUCUGAAUUCGAUGGAGAUUAUCGACAAGAACAACGUCAACACAAUAAAGCCUAAUGUCUUUGAAGAUGGAUUCAGCUGCUCUGCUUUUUGCGUAGAUAAGGUAGACAAACAGUUUAUAUUAAACUAGAAUUGACGUCAUUAUAAUCACAAAUACUAUGUUAUACUAACGUGCAGAUAACAAACUGUUUGCAGAAUAACAAUGGCCUUGUUUUCGGAGGUUUCAACCUCACCGGGUGCUUAAACUCCACGUACAAAUUGUUCAAAGACAACGUGGAAAAAGGCACAAACCUUUCGACCGAUCUGAAAAAUGCGACAGCUGUGACAACCAAUGACAACAUUGUGUACAUUAUUGGAGGAUGGGACGGGAAAAGAACAUUGGACACUGUGUUUACAUACAAAGAAGACAAGUUACAGUACGAGAGCAGGCUACCAUAUUCUGUGGAAGGUCAUACGAGCACAUAUCACAACGAUUUCAUAGUUAAUAUCGGAGGAUUUGAUGGCAUAUCAGUCAUCUCAACCAUAUCAAUAUAUAAAGUCAAAACCAGAAAAACCGAGAUGCUGGAGACAAAGCUACAGAUAGCCAGAGAAAACCACAGCACAGUAAUAUUCGAGCAAGCUGGCACUACAAUAAUAUUGGUAAUGGGCGGAUGGGAUGGUCAACAGGCUCUUAAGCACUGUGAGGCCUUCAAAGUGACCUCUGAGUCACCGUAUUUGACGUCAAUCGAAUGGAGACAUAAUCUGAACGAAGCUCGGAACCGACCGGCAGCUAUUGUUAUACCAGUUCAAUUGUAA